UAUGGAGAAAGCCAACAUGACCGUCCUCUCAGAGAAGAAUGACUCAACCACAAUCAUAAGCACCACUCACUCCCUGGUGGCCAUAAGUCCCUUGAACCUGGCUGUUGCCAUCUUUAUUUUGGUGUCCUUCCUCGUGGGGACAUUGAUCAAUGGGCUCUGCCUAUGGGUACUGGGGAUGAAGAUGAAGAGAACAGUGAAUACUUUGUGGUUCCUCCACCUGAUUCUCACUUAUGUCGUCUCUUCUUCUUACAUACCUUUCCUCGCUGUCUACAGCCUCCUUGGCUUCCACUGGGUCUUUGGCAUAGUAAUGUGCAAAGCUGUCAACUUCUUUGGUUCACUGGGAAUGUUCACCACCAUCUUUCUCCUUACCAUCGUCAGCCUUGACCGCUACUUCCUCAUCCACCACCCGGUUUGGUCCCAGUAUAACCGCACCAUUUCCCGAGCACAGAGAAUGAUCGUAGUAGUGUGGUUGACUUCCUUCAUCUUGAGUGUUCCUUACCUAGCAUUCCGGGAGACUCGAGUAGUAGAGAAGAGCAGGAUCGAGUGUGUCAACAAUUAUGCUCUCUCUGGAGACUGGGAAGAUCCCGGAAUAGAAGCCCUGAGGGAUCACGUUCACCUAACUCUCUUUUUGGUUCGGUUUUUGCUAGCCUUCUUGAUUCCCUUCUGCAUUAUCAUGGCUUGCUACUGUGGGAUGGGCCGGGAAAUUAAGAAGAAAAAGUUGGUGAGGAACAGGAAGCCUGUCAGUGUCUUGGUGGCUUCUGUGGCCUCCUUCUUUGUCUGCUGGCUUCCCUACCAUCUCUACUAUGCUUCACUGCUCUUUAAGGUAGGACCCGACAGAUUACGUCUGACUCUGCGUGUCAUUCUUUUCAUCACCAUGUGCUUCAAUUUCUGGGUCACCCCUGUUCUCUACCUCUUUGUUGGGGAGAGAUUCCAGCAAGUCUGUAAGACGUCCAUUCUUGCUUUGCUGAAGAAAGCUUUUGUGGGCAUUUCCAUCGCACCUGAGGAUGAUGGCAGUGCUGAUGAUGAAGGCCACCUGAACAACAACCAAAGCAACUUGGAGGAGGGCAAUCAUCUGCCAUCUCUUUGA